AUGCUAUGUACGGAGGCUGCCGAGCCUAAUAACUACCGCGGGGCGGGGUGGGCAGCAGUUCCCAGCCGGCAGCGGAUAAUGCCAGGUCUGUCUGAAGCACGCAGGUUUGACAUACGCCAAACCCCUGCUGUCUGGUUCGUCGCACUGACCCUGCCUAUGCAACAAAAGCCCAGCCUCUCUCUGCGCUACGAGGAGCAGCUGCCCGCUCGCGGUCAGCCCUUCCCGGGAAACGCGCGUCCAGGGGAGAGCUCAGGUGAGACCUUGGAGGUCUCGAGGUUAACCGUUUGGCCCUUUGUUCGCUCCAAGGCAUCGGAGCCCCGGGAGCCCGUUCCGCCUCCUCCCCCACUGCUCCCCGGCGCCAGUGUCUCCCGCGGAGAGACAGCGCGGACUCAAAGCCCAAGCUCCGUGGCGCCCCCGGCCCUCCCCGCCGCGGGUCCGGACCCCGCGGCCUCGGCCCCUCGCCUUUACCUUGUAGACGUCGCCGUAGGUGCCACUGCCGAUGCGCUGAAUCAGCUCGAAGUCCUCCUGCGGGUUCCGGCGGGACAGAUCGAAGCCGGGGUUCAUGGCGGGCCCCGGGUGCCCCCCGCCUCCCUCCCGGGCAGGGGAGGGGGGGCGCUCAGGGGGCCACACGGAGAGUGGGAGCCGCUGCCGGCCCCCUGCUCCCCCGGCGGUCACAAUCGCCCGGCUCCACGCUGCGGCCGCCGCCGCUCCCCUCACGCAGCCGCCGCUGCGGACGACAACGACCUAGCUAACCGUCCCCGCCCUCCCCGCUGCCCGCAGCCGUGCCGAAAACCCGGGUCACACCCACAGGGAGAGGAGAACGCUCGCAGCCCCUUGCUCGGGGUGAAACUCCAACAUGGCUUCCGCCUUCGCCGCUCCUCCCCCUCCCCUUACUCCGGCUCCUCCGCUCUCCUCCGCUCUCCUCCCCCUUUUCCAGGCUCCAGUCCGACUGCGCAGCCGCAAUCCCGGAGGAAGCGCUCCCGGGCCUCGCGCGCGUCCGACCCGUGCGCGCUCAGGCUGGGCGCGCCUGCCCGGCUGCAGCUGGCGGCCCGGCGGUACCCCAACAGAACCGCCGCAGCGUCUCCGGGCGCGGAGUCGCGCCCGACCGCAGCAGUAGGAGGUCAGAAAAGGUUUGCCUUCCUGGGACCGCGGGAAGGACAAGCAGAAAGUUACUCCUAUUCGCUUCUGAUUCCCAGACUUUGACGGUGCCAGAUCAGGUCCCAAUCCUGAGCAGGCACAGACAGAUUAAGCUGCUCAAGGUAACACAGAAAACUGAAAGUUGAACAGAGGUAGUAUGACACGAAGGCCAGACUCUUAUCCACGAGUCUGUACUCUGCUUUACAGAACACUUGUUAAAAUUUCUCUUACGCUAAGCCAAAAUCUUUCUCCUUGUAAUGCAUUUAGAGUCAAUGAUUGUUAGAUUGUAGUGGCAUAGAAUACAGAGAAGAAAAGCCAUGGUGCCUGCGCUCAAGGAGUUUGCAGUCUCACAUACUGUGGGAAACACAGAAGAGUUGCAUCAAAGAACGCAUUGGAGGGCUGGCCGAGUGGCUCAGUUGGU